UCAGCCGCGUUCGUCUUCGAAAUUAAUUGUAGCGACUAAGGAGAGCAAUCGGAGUGCUGUACCACAUUAUUAAUUUUGUUCUCCAUCAUGCUUCCUAGCCUGAUUCCAACAUCCUCAGUAUCCUGGGAGGUGCUGGGCCAAUCUACUCAUCUCAAUUCACCUCAGCUCCCUGCUUUCCACAACUUGGGCAAAAGUUUUCUCAUUGACAAUUUGCUUCGGAUAAAUCCCCCGCUUCGACCGAUUCCUGCAGACCCUGUGCCAGUGAAAAUGCACCAAACUGCGGAACAAAUCGGCCCAUCGGGAGGUCCACAUCCUACAAGAUCCUCCUUUCAGCUCGUUAACCCCUCAGACAACCAGCCGGCUCCAGUCACCUCCACCAGCCAAACAGUCACAUACCCCGAAAUAGGUUUACCGAAAUGUUUUCUGCCAAGUUUCCCGCAGGUCCUCUUGGCGUGUUGUGGUGGGUCCUGUCAGCACCGGGUCUCCCCCACUGAUUUUCCAAUUAACAGUUCUUUCAGGAGCUGUGAAUUUCCCCUUUGGCCUCAGGUUAGUCACAAUAAGGUGCGACGAGGAAUCCUGCGAAGAGUGGUCUUUUCUGAAGAACAGCGGAAGUCGCUGGAGAAGACCUUUCAGAAGCAGAAAUACAUUAGUAAGGCAGACAGGAAGAAACUGGCCACUCACCUUGGUCUUAAAGACUCUCAGGUAAAAAUUUGGUUCCAGAAUCGAAGAAUGAAAUGGCGAAAUACUAAAGAGAGGGAAUUGCUUUCACAAGUAUGUUCACUGGAGCACACAUUACAAGAGAGACCACUCUCAACUUCUGAUUCAAGCAACAGCAUCGCAAACGGUCCUGACAGAAAAUCAGCAUGUAUGGGCCAGUCGUCUGUGUGCCAAUAUGUCGCAGUUUCAUCAGCGCCUCAGAGUAGUCACCCUGGUGAGAACAGAGCUCCAGAUGUGAAAUUAGAAUUAUUUAAAGCAUCCCCACACUCCCACCCUGUACACCAGCAAAAAGACACAUAAAAUGUAGAAGAGUGUAGCACAGGAACAGGUUCUUUGGCCUACAAUGGUAUGGCGAACCCGCUAAAAAGCAAAUCAAAAAAACACCCAAACACUAAUCCCACCUGCCACAAUGUCCCUAUCCCUCCAUCUUCUUUAUAUUCAUGUGCCUAUCUAAACGUCCCUUAAGACCCUCGAAUGUGUUUGCCUCUACAACCACACCAGGCAGCGCAUUCCAGGCAUCCAACACUCUCUGGGUAAAAAAAUUUACCCCUCACAUCCUCCUUGAAGCUGCUCCCUCUCGCCUUCAAUGCAUGCCCUCUAAUAUUAGACAUUUCAAACCUGGAAACAGAUAAUCCCUUCCUACUCUUAACAUUGCCUCUCAUAAUCUUAUAAACCCUUAUCAGAUCUCCCUCAGCCUCUGGCGCUCCAGAGAAAACUACCCAAGUUUAUCCAGCCUCUAAACCAGGCAGUAUCCUGGCAAACCUCUUCUGCACCCUCUUCAAAGUCUCAAAAUCCCUUCUGUAGUGAGGCAACCAGAACUGUAACCUGGAUAUUAAAUUCCCACCAAUAAUAAACUUCAUGCGAUCUGUUCAUCUGUCAUGAUAGGAACUAGCACAGCUUGGUGAGACCUUUUCUGCAUCGAUGACACCAUGAAACAUUGUAUGCCUCUAAUAAUACUGUCGAUUUACUUCAUUGCAUUUAAGCGGUGAUUCAUUUGUAGAUCUUCAAAAGCUAAUCUAUGGGGAAAUGUUUUCAUAGUAAAGAAUUUGACUGUGAAAUGUACAUUGUUUUUACACUUGCCCAGCAUUUUUCAUUUGCCAUGUAUUAUAUUUUGAUGUAUUAAAACAAAACUGAAUGAACCGGAG